AUUAUAACCCUAAAUCACAAUUUGCAAAAAUGACAGCAAAAUCAAGGAUCAUAUCCCACUUUCUUUUCUUCUUCGUCUUUCUCGUACUAGUUACUGAUCUAGUUCACGGGGAUCCGUACCAUGACUGCUUGGAUUUUUGCGAGUAUUAUGAUGAGGGUCAGGAUUGUUUUGAUAACUGCCAGGAUUUGAAAAAUGGAAGAAUUGGGAUUAUUCAAAACUCUUCGGAAAAGUCACUCGUUAACCAUGGCGUGGCCAUCCUCGAAGCCAAUCCCAACACUUUCAUGGCUCCAGGCCAUUGGGAUGCCGAUGUCCUCUUCUUCGUGGUCCAGGGAAAAGCGACCAUAAACUUGAUCCGACGCGACAAAAGAGAGACUUUGGGUCUAAAGACAGGCGAUAUCAUUCGCAUUCCGUCGGGUACAAAAGUCUUGAUGAUGAACAAAGAUAGAAUGGAGAAGCUAGUUGUGAUCAAGCUUCCACAACCCGUCUCAACCCCAGCAGGCCGUUCUGAGGUCAAACUCCUUAAUCCCUUUGGAGAUCAGUCUUCUCAGCAGCAGCAGCUAGCAGAAGGGAUCAGAUCUGUUGUUUGAAGUUGUUUUUAUUGUCUAAUUAAUUAAGUCUUUAGAAGACUAAUCCUUCAGUCAGUAUGCAUGCAUGGAUUAAGGUUUAUGUUAAUUUGUGGGUACUUUUAAUGAUCUCUAGGCCAGUUUCUCUAAUAAAUGUAUGAGGUCAGUUUAUCUAAUUAAUGAAU